AUGUCACACACCCAGGUAGCUCUCACUCUCAUCCCAAAAAUGGUUAAAAGCCCACCGCUCAAAGCUCUUUGCCUCUUCAACUCCUCAACCCAACAAGGGCUCCAACAUUCACCCCAAUCCAUAUCUAUCAUCAUCCACCACCUUUUCUCUUCUAAAAUGCUCUCACAUGCCCAGUCUCUCAUCCAACAAUUAGUAUCUAAUCGAAUCACUUCCUCAUGCUUCACACUCCAAUCUCUUCUCCUUCACUUAACACAAACCCAUUUCAAUUCUACUCUUCUAUAUGAAGCAAUUAUCAAUGUUCAUGUUCAAUCUCAAUUACCAGAACAAACCCUUUUCUAUUUCAAUCAAAUGACUGAUAAAGGCCUUGCACCCACAUCAAAUACUUUCAAUAAUCUUCUUAAUUUUCUCAUCAAGUCCAAUUAUUUCGAAAACGCUUGGUCAGUUUUUACUGAAACAAAGAAUAGGGCUGUAUUGGAUAUGCAUAGUUUUGGAAUUAUGAUAAAGGGUUGUUGUGACAAUAAUGAUUUAUGUAGAGCUUUUGAGGUCUUAGCUCAUUUGGAGGAAAUGGGUCGGCGUCCUAAUGUUGUUAUAUACACUACUUUAAUAGACGGGUGUUGUAAGAAUGGUGACAUUGAAAGAGCAAAGAAAUUGUUCUGUCAGAUGGAGGAGUUGGGUCUAAUUGCUAAUCAGUAUACGUACACAGUUUUGAUCGAUGGGCUAUUCAAAAACGGACUUAAAAAAGAUGGGUUUGAGUUGUACGAAAAGAUGAAGCUUGAUGGUGUUAUGCCUGAUAUAUUUACUUACAGUUCUUUGAUUAAUGUGUAUUGUAAUGAUGGUAGAGUGGGCAGAGCCUUUGAAUUGUUUGAUGAAAUGCGUGAGAGAGGUGUGGCAUGUAAUGUCGUGACAUAUAAUACUCUGAUUGGAGGAUUGUGUCAAGAGAUGAGGGUGCUCGAGGCAGAGAAAUUGGUGGGUCAGAUGAAGAUGACGGGUUUGAACCCGAAUUUAAUCACUUAUAACACACUGAUAGAAGGGUUUUGUAAAGCUGGGAACAUGGACAAGGCUUCAAGUUUGUUCAAUCAGCUGAAGUCUUAUGGUUUAUCACCAUCUUUAGUAACUUUUAAUGUUUUGAUUGCGGGGUUUUCUAGAGCUGGACAUCCUGGACGGGUUGUGGAUUUAGUUCGGGAAAUGGAGGAGAGAGGCAUUUCUCCAUCAAAAGUAACAUAUACAAUUCUUAUUGAUGGCUUUGUCCAAUCGAACGACAUGGAAAAAGCAUUUGAAGUCCAUGCUUGCCUGGAGAAGGCGGGUUUGUUGGCAGAUGUUUGCACCUAUGGAGUAUUGAUACAUGGUUUGUGCAGUAAAGGAAAUAUGAAGGAAGCUUCAAAGCUAUUUAUAUCAAUGCAUGAGAUGAAUUUGGAGCCAAAUGAUGUAAUCUACAAUAUGAUGAUUUACGGAUACUGCAACGAGGGUAGCUCCUACAGAGCCCUUAGGCUGCUCAAAGAAAUGAGAGAGAAUGGAAUGGUUCCAAAUGUGGCUAGCUAUAGUUUGACCAUCAGACUUCUUUGCAAGGAAGGGAAGUUGAAUGAGGGCGAGAUUCUUCUCAACUAUAUGAUAAAGUCUGGUUUAGAACCAUCAAUUUCUAUUUUUAAUGAGAUAGGUAAAGCCAAAUCCAUUUAUACAUCAUAG